CUCAUUCUCAGGUAAGCCUCUGAACAUUCCCUGCAAAGCAUUCUUCGGAUUCAGUGGAGAGUCUGGGCCAAUGAUCUACUGGAUGAAAGGAGAAAAGUUUAUUGAAGAACUGGCAGGUCACAUUAGAGAAGGUGAAAUAAGGCUUCUCAAAGAGCAUCUUGGAGAAAAAGAAGUUGAGUUGGCACUCAUCUUUGACUCAGUUGUGGAAGCUGACCUGGCGAAUUAUACCUGCCAUGUUGAAAACCGAAAUGGACGGAAACAUGCCAGUGUUCUGCUGCGUAAAAAGGAUUUAAUCUACAAAAUUGAGCUUGCAGGGGGCCUGGGAGCAAUCUUCCUCCUCCUUGUCCUGCUGGUGGUCAUUUAUAAAUGCUACAACAUUGAAUUAAUGCUCUUCUACAGGCAGCACUUUGGAGCUGAUGAAACUAAUGAUGACAACAAGGAAUAUGAUGCCUAUCUCUCUUACACAAAAGUGGACCAAGAUACUUUAGACUGUGACAAUCCUGAAGAAGAGCAGUUUGCUCUUGAAGUACUGCCAGAUGUCCUGGAAAAACACUAUGGAUAUAAACUCUUCAUCCCAGAAAGAGACCUGAUUCCAAGUGGAACAUACAUGGAAGAUCUCACAAGAUAUGUUGAACAAAGCAGAAGACUUAUUAUCGUGCUAACUCCAGACUAUAUUCUCAGACGGGGAUGGAGUAUUUUUGAACUGGAAAGCAGACUCCAUAACAUGCUAGUCAGUGGAGAAAUCAAAGUGAUUUUGAUUGAGUGUACAGAAUUAAAAGGGAAAGUGAAUUGCCAGGAAGUGGAAUCACUAAAGCGCAGCAUCAAACUUCUGUCCCUGAUCAAGUGGAAGGGACCCAAAAGCAGCAAACUAAAUUCUAAGUUUUGGAAGCACUUAGUAUAUGAAAUGCCCAUCAAGAAAAAAGAAAUGCUAUCUCGGUGCCAAGUUCUAGACUCCGCAGAACAAGGACUUUUUGGAGAACUCCAGCCUAUACCCUCCAUUGCCAUGACCACUACUUCAGCUACUCUGGUGUCAUCUCAAGCUGAUCUCCCUGAAUUCCACCAUUCAGAUUCAAUGCAAAUGAGGCACUGUUGCAGAGGUUAUAAACAUGAGAUACCAACCACGACCUUGCCAGUACCUUCCUUAGGCAACCACCAUACUUAUUGUAACCUGCCUCUGACGCUACUCAACGGACAGCUACCCCUUAAUAACACCCUGAAAGAUACCCAGGAAUUUCAUAGGAACAGUUCUUUGCUGCCUUUAUCCUCCAAAGAGCUUAGCUUUACCAGUGAUAUUUGGUAGUGAAAAAUAGGAAUUCCUCUGAACAGCUAGAUGAGCAUAGAGAAUUUCUGCUAUACCAAGCAUAAAGUACACCUAAUAACGUUGAGGUGUUAAAAACGUGUUUGAAGAAAAAGGUACAAAAAUGGCUUUUAUACUUAAAUAUUUUUGUUUACAUUUCCAGAAUAGUGGGGGGAAAGAAGGACCUGCAUUUGUAGUAUGGCGCUUUGUUCUAAUGUACAGUUUUGAUUUCUUCCUGAAAACAAAAAUUUUAAAAUCCUGUUGUCUUAGAGUAGGUUUUAUGAUAGCACAUGGACUGCAUGCUUAGUAGGUGAGCUGUCUUGCCCAUAUUUAAAAAGAUUUCAGUAUUCACAUGGUAUUUGAAAUAAAGAAAAUUUAAAGAUUUUUAAUUGAAUUUGAAAAUUCUCAACCAAGUUUAAGGGGAAAAAUAACUUCUAUAGAGUUCUGAAAAUUCAGGAAUUAUCAAGAAAGAAAUGUUGAUGCACUCCAGUUGGAAGAUUGUUUGUAGAGGAAGAUCAGUUGAGAAAAAAUGUGAUUGAAAUGUUUAAAACUUCUUCAACAUAAUGGACACUUUCUAUAGACUAAAUCAACAGCUCAUAAUAACAGCUUUUAGUUUUAUUAGGGAACACAUCUUCUGUAGGCAAAUUGGUAGAUAGGUAAACAAUGUGCAUUUAAGCAAAUGAAUAGACAGGCUGUGUGUUCUCUUAGGAUGAUUUUGAACAGCCCUUGUGGCUUUCUAAUUCCAAAAUUUUACAACGUUGAAAACACAUUUUGAAGUACACAUUUCAUUAUUUGCUAACAAAUUCACAUUUGGAUUUUUUCCUUGACCUGCUGUAAGUAUUAUAUGAAGAUGUGGACAUCUUCCUGCUUUUUUUCAACAUCGUUGACGUUUGAAUUCAAAUACAUAUUGACUGCAAGUGUCAGCAAUUGAAAAGAAGUACUGCAACAAUAUUCGCAGAUGAAGUGCUAAAUGAUUUAUGUUUACUAGUGGUAGAGCAGCAAUUGCACAGUUUCUCACUGGCAAUGUAGUUAUAAAACAGACUAUUCUGUAUGUAUAAUAUUUGGCCAUCUGUGCAAGACUCCUGCACAAGUAUGUCUACUCCUGGUGCUUUGAAGAGUAUAUUUGAUAGGCUAAACUUCUCCAUCCUCACAUAGUGACUGUGACUGUACCAUGCCAGAAAAUCCCUGUAAAUAAUCUAAGUAUCGCCUAUUUGCUGUAAGGAAUGUGCUCCUAUUCUAGUAUUUAUUAUGGAUUACUGCUUUAUGUUCUUUCCAAUUAAUCAAAUUAGAUGUGCUCUCCACCUAGAUGCCUGUGAGGGUCAUUUGUUAAUCAAGGUCAAUUUUGGCAUUUUGCAAUAGUUCUUAAAUCAUGUUCUUGGACAAACAUAAAACAAGGACAAAUGUACACAAUGUGUAAAAAUUAAUAAUUUGCCCACCCCUUGUAAUUGUGAAUCCCAAAUGUAUAAGAGAACACCAGAUAAUGCUUUAUUUCUUUCAGUAUUUUUUCAUUAUUGAAUUUCUGUGAUCCACGAGUUUUGUUCAAAUUACUUAUUUCUCUGUUGCUUUUCUGUAUCCCAGCCAUUCAGAAAAUGCAUUCUGCACCUACAGUGGGUGAAAGCUUAGCAGUGAUACAUGUUUAUUUCACAGCCGGACAAUUAGUUGCUCUUUUGAAAAACCCUGUUCAACACAUGUCUGUGUUUUAUAGAUGUACUUUUUCCACUGAGAAAGAUAAUUUUGUUAUGUAAAAUCUAUAAGCCUUUCAAAAUGAAAAUUUAUCAAUUCUGAACUGUUUCCAAGUGUUAUAAAGUUGUAUUUACUCUGGUUGUUCUUUAAUGCUAUGUGUAUUUACUAAGUUAAAAAUCUGCAUGAACUCAUAUACUCGUGUAAUAUAAGUUUAAGUUACCAACUGUAUUUUUUAUUAUAUUAUUUUUCACAGAAAUCUAGAUUAAUUCAAAUAUAAUGUUUGGUGGUAUUUUUAAAUUAAUAGUUCUGUAUUGAGCAUGUAAGUUCUGAAAAUAUAACAUGAGUCUCUCUGCUUCCUCUAUUUACAAUGAUUAAAUGUGGGUAGCAAUUUGAGUUGGCUGGCCACAAUGUGUCCUUUCACUACUAGUAGGUACUCAAAAACAGAGCAUUCACACUUGUGCUGGGGAACUUGACAAGAAACCUUUUCUA